CUCUAAUAGUUGUUGUUAUUAUAAUGUAAGGAAUAUUGGGCAUGUGUUGUGAGAGUAAAGGGUUAUAUUUUAUUAUGACCUUAAUCUGUGUUCGUCUCUGUUUCUUUUUGGACUUGAGUGACAGUUUUACCACCACCACUAAAGAUGAUAAUAUCAAUUGUUAUUUAUUCUGUAUAGUGUUCCAGGGAAAAAUGGAUCAUUCAAUUCAGCUGCAGCAGUAUUCAGAAGGGGAAAUACAUGUUUUUCAGUUCCGUAUAGGAUACAAGAAAUAUAAAGUGGCAUGUACUACAUCCCAGACUGUACUUGAUGCACUUACAAAAAAUGGUGCAUUUGAAAGUCACCUAAAAAAACACCUAAACAAAGAAAUAAUCAUCCAGAGAUCAUCCAAAGGUAAAGUCCCUGGAGCUGCCGUGAAGACAGAUUUCCCCUGCUGUCUGCUCGAAAAUGAUGAAAUCUUGGAUAUAAACUUCAUCAGCAAUGAAGGAAACAUUUCUGCAAACCAAGAAGUUGUAGAGCCUUCUGUAGACCUUUCACCUCUCAGUCAAUAUAAAGCUUUUUACAUCAGAACGAGAGGGAAGAUAAAGAAAAAAAUUAUGAAGAACAACCAAAUGAUGCUGACAGUUGACUAUGUGUGUGUAUAUGCACUUAAAGGAGAGACACUUGAAACUGCUCUUCAGCGUGAUGGGAGAUUCAGUGACGAAAUAUUCAGCAGUCCCUGUGAACUUAUGGACAUUUUUAAAGAUGCAAGCUAUGAAUUGUCCUUGCCUGUAGACAGUCUUUCUGAACAUCAGUUUGAGUUACACGUUAAAUCUCAAAAGGCACCAGCAUUAAAUACAUCACCAAGUGCUGUCAAUGAAAGUAAGGAAGUUCCAGCUGAUCCUCCCACAGCUGCCACAGGUGAACAACCCAUCAAUGAGAUUCCAAAACUGCCAAAAAAGAGAAUUAGAAAAACUGAAAAAGCCACAAGUUCUUUAACUAAAGUGUAUAAAGCUAACAUUUCCUGGAGUCCAGGAAUAUUCAGUGAAAAAAAAUCAAGCUUUCUUCCCUUCACUGAAGAAAUCCUGCAAGCUCAGAUUAAACGUUUAUUGGAGAAGCUAAACGAACGGGAGAACUCUCAGGUAAAAAAGCUGUUUGAGGAAGAAUAUGGGAAAAGCAUUAAGAAUUUCUGUGAGGUGAGCACAAUGAAGGAGCUCAUGAAGUUUUCUGACUCCGUAUGUGUGAUUGUAGCUGACAAGAAAGGCAUUGGAACUGGUUUCUUACUGUUUGACAAAUUUAUUCUUACUAAUGCACAUGUUGUUCAGGAAAAUCUCUCACCGCAAAGGAUGCCUUUAUUCCCAUUUUUUGCUGCCUUCAAUUUUGAACAUCAGUUUUUAAAAGAAAAGACUGAAUGUGUACCAAUUAAGGCAGACCUUGCUGCGUUCCGUCUUGAAAAGGAUGACAAGGGAAAACACCAUGACUAUGCUCUUCUUGAACUGGACAUUAACCAAACUCCUCAAAGCAAAUAUCUUCAAAUGCUCAAUUGUUAUAAUGACAUCCCCCCUCCAAACAGUGGUGGGAUCUACAUUGUGGGACAUCCAAACUGUGAGAGCAAGAAAAUUGACUUCUGCUUCACCAUUGAGACUGAGAAUCAACUACAGGCUAUACAUCAACACAUAUCUGAAAAUCCUUUCUGUCCAUAUGUGUCAUGGCAAUGUUGGCCAGAUCUUCAUGAAAACAAGAUAACUUAUAACUCUUGUUUCUUUCAUGGAUCUUCUGGUUCCCCAGUGUUUGAUGGAAACUGCUCUCUGAUUGGUAUGCACACCGGGGGCUAUGCCUACAAAGACAACAAUGGUGAAACAAGAAGUGUUAUAGAAUACUGCUAUUCCAUGCAGUCCAUACUGGAAAAUAUCCGCGAGACAGCGAAACCUUAUGUUAAAGAAGCACUCCAAGAAUUUGAAAGGAGAAAAGCAAACAUUGGUGUAAAGCAAGAACCACAGCAGGAAGACGUGAAUAUGGAAUCAGAUGAAUCAAAGGAGUCUUAAGUCCUGAUUAAAACAUUGUGUCACUAUUAUAGAGGGUUAUUUUUAGAUUUUCAUAGAUGUAGACCAGUGGUUCUCAACCCUGGUCCUGGAGGCCCACUGCUCUGCA